AUGAAGUUUGCUUUGCUAUCCGGUGUCGCCGCGGGACUUCUCCCCGUCGCAAGCGCGGUCAGCGUGUCUGGUGCUGCAGAGGGUUUCGCCAAGGGUGUGACUGGCGGUGGCUCUGCUGCUGCUGUGUAUCCCACCACGACGGACGAGUUGGUGUCCUACCUCGGUGAUUCGUCUCCCCGUGUAAUUGUCCUGGACCGCACGUUUGACUUCACUGGCACCGAAGGCACCACUACGGGCACGGGGUGUGCACCAUGGGGAACUGCUGCCGCUUGUCAACUUGCCAUUAACCAGAAUGACUGGUGCACCAACUAUCAACCGGACGCGCCUUCGGCAUCCGUCACAUAUGACAAUGCCGGUAUACUCGGGAUAACGGUCGCAUCGGACAAGACCCUCCUAGGGUCGGGCUCCAGUGGUGUUAUCAAAGGCAAAGGCCUUCGAAUUGUCAGCGGUGCAAGCAACAUCAUCAUCCAAAAUAUUGCCAUCACAGAUCUCAACCCCAAAUACGUGUGGGGAGGCGAUGCCAUCACCCUCAACGAUGCGGAUAUGGUCUGGAUUGAUCACGUCACGACUGCCCGAAUUGGUCGCCAGCACCUCGUCCUCGGAAAUGACGCCGACAACCGCCUGACCGUGUCCAAUAGCUACUUCAACGGUGUCUCCGACUACAGCGCCACGUGUGACGGGUACGCAUACUGGGGCAUCUACUUCGCUGGCUCCAGUGACCUCAUCACUUUCAAAGGCAACUACAUCCAUCACUUUAGCGGUCGCAGUCCCAAGGUCCAGGAGAACACACUGCUGCAUGCCGUCAACAACUACUGGUACGACUCGACCGGCCAUGCCUUCGAGAUCGGAGCAGGCGGCUACGUGCUUGCCGAGGGCAACGUCUUCCAAAACAUCAACACCCCCGUGCAGUCGCCGAUUGAGGGACAACUGUUCACAUCGCCCGAUACGAACACCAACGCCGUUUGCGCCACGUACCUCGGUCGCAACUGCGAGGUCAACGGGUUUGGUAGCUCGGGUGCUUUCAGCCAAGCGGAUACAGCCUUCCUGUUGAACUUCGAGGGCAAGAAUAUCGCGUCGGCUUCCCCGUAUGCUGAUGCGCAGGGCUCAGUGCCAAGCAGCGCUGGCCAGGGAAACCUUUGA